AUGGCUACUACAUUGGAAGGACGUCUAGCAAUCAUAGCCGGUGGCAUCGGCGGACUUGGCUCCUCGAUUGCCCAUCGUCUCCAUGCGCGAGGAGCAGAUGUGGCUUUGCUAUACGCCCCGUUCGAACGGGAUCGUGUGGUCGACACGGUGAAACGGGUGUUUUCGUCUGAAAAGCCGGACAGGGUGUGGACGUUCGAAUGCGACAUCACGUCCGAGGACUCGGUCAGGCAGGUUCUGGGCCAGGACGGCAAACUGGCGGACGUUUCCGUCUACAAGGCCUUUCCCAGCAUCCUGAUCAACGCGGCGGGUUAUGUCUCGGUGCAGCCUCUCGAGGACACGUCGGCCGAGGAGGCCAUGCGCAACAUCCUCCCGAACCUGCUGGGACCGUUGAACUGCAGCACCGCCUUCUUCUACCUCUACCGAUUCAGAGCCGCCGCACUUUCGAACCGUGAGAAUCCCCCAGUGCCGGGUGGUCGCAUCGUCAGCAUCGCGUCCCAGGCCGCCCACGUCGCCCUCGACGGCCACGGCGCCUACUGCGCCUCCAAGGCCGGCUUGCUCGGCCUCACCCGCUGUAUGGCCUCGGAAUGGGGUCCCAAGGGCAUCACGGCCAACACGGUCUCGCCCACCGUGACGUGGACGCCCUUGGCCGCGAAGGCCUGGGCGGAUGAAGACAAGAGGGCGAAGCAUCUCGCCGAGAUCCCUACGGGCAGGUUUGCCGUCCCGGACGAGGUCGCCAGCGCGAUCGAGUUUCUCUGUGGAGACGACAGUGGCAUGAUCAAUGGCGCGGAUCUCAGGGUCGAUGGCGGAUUUACGAUUCGAUAG